AUCCAAUUUUAACGCGGAAGUCGGUGACGCAUAAGCUACUGUACAUUCAGGUGCAGAUGGGCGCUAUGAAAUAAACAAAUCAUAUCAUCGGGGAUUUGAUAAAUUGAUUGCCGCUGAGUACUUUUGCAAAUACUCCAGGUCGUUUGUCUUGCUACAUUGUAACCGCUCCGCCUUACACAUAUAUAGGCUAUAUAUAUAUAUAUAUAUAUAUAUCUUCUUUUCUUUUUAAUCUCCCGGACACACGUAUUUUGAUGGACUAUAGCUGGGAGACUGGAACUGCAAGGAUUGUGUGAAUAUCUGCAUUUCCCAAACGUUCAAGCCUUCAGAAAUAAAUGACAUCAUUCCUACGACACAAAGAAGUCUUAAAAGAGCAGUGCAGGCUGGGAGUAGUGGUUCGGCCCAGCAUGCCUGUUUCCGUGGCAGCAGCACCAAGACAGGAAGUGUGUGUGUGAGCGCGCCCAGACCAGUGGGCUCCGCAGGGAUGAACAUGCCACUGCACCAGAUCUCUGUCAUCCCACGUGAUGUCCCUUCCUCCCGGGUAAGCGGCAGUGGAAAGGCCAAGGACAAGGACAAACAGAAUGAGAAGCCCCUGGGUCAUUCUGCAAGCAGAUCCAGCAAUAUUUCCAAGGCUGGGAGCCCCACCUCGGUCAACACGCCCUGCAGCUUCUCGCGAACGUCAGUCACCCCUUCCAACCAGGACAUCUGCAGCCAUACCAACCCAACCCUGGACCGUGGCUCCCAGAAGCCUUUGCAGACUGCUGUAGUUCUGUUGAACUCCAAUGAUAAGAUCUCUCAGAGUUCUGGAGUGGGCAUCUCCGUGACAACACUCUGCCUGGACGCCGCUCCAUCCUUUAAGCCCCCCAAAGGCCGGGAAUGGCUCUCGUUGUUCCACCCCUCCACCUUAAACGGGACGUUGACGUUUUCUCGCUCCCUGAACGAUGUGGGCCACCGCAUGGACAGUCUCUGUAACGGGCUGCAGUUCAUAGACCGGACGUGUUCUGAAGGAGAUAUAAAACCGGAACCACCAAACAUGGACCGGAUGUCCAAUACGCUCAGUGGCAAAGCAGACCCAUGCCUGACACAGCCCUUAAAGCAUCCUCACUACCCCAUGUGCACACCCACAUGCACACACCCCUACCUCGUCCCCUCUUUCACUAACAAUUAUAAAUACCUCACCCCUGAACAUUGCUUCCAACCUCUUCCUUCCAGCGUCCCUCCACCUCCCAACUCCCAGAUAUACCCACACAGCUCCAACCUCCUCCGCCUCUUCCUCCCUUUCUCUCCCUCCUCUACCUCAGCCAGUCUGCAGUGUUCUGAGCUGGGGAGCUAUGCCUCCCGCCUCCACAUCACCAAAUCCUUCAGUGCUCUGAUGGGGGGCAACGAGCCUCCGUUGGGGGGAGCAGAGGACCUCGUAGGGGAUGACGAGGUGUUUGAGGUCCCCCAGGAUAGGACAGGUGCUGGCACGGUGUCUGGAGCCCCAGGAGAAGGUUCCGGUAGCUGGGUGGCGGACUUGUUUGAGUCAGCCCCACUUUGCUACAUGGAGGAAGACAGCGAUUUAGACCAUUUUUCAUUUCUGGAUCGGUGCUCAUCACCCGCCUACUCGGAGAAAACCGGCCCGGUCACUCCGGGCCCACUCUCACCCUAUUCACUUUCUGGAGACUGCUGCAGGAUCUGCCACUGUGAGGGAGACGAUGAGAGCCCUCUGAUCACCCCGUGCCACUGCACAGGCAGCCUGCGCUUUGUCCACCAGGGUUGCCUGCAGCAGUGGAUCAAGUCCUCGGACACACGAUGCUGUGAGCUCUGCAAGUACGAGUUCAUCAUGCAGACCAAGCUCAAACCCCUUCGCAAGUGGGAGAAGCUCCAGAUGACGUCUAGCGAGAGGAGGAAGAUACUGUGUUCUGUGACCUUCCACGUCAUAGCCAUAACCUGCGUGGUGUGGUCCCUCUACGUCCUGAUCGACCGCACGGCAGACGAGAUCAAAGCAGCCGGAAGGAUCCCAGGUAUCCUGGAGUGGCCGUUCUGGACCAAGCUGGUAGUGGUGGCCAUCGGCUUCACGGGCGGUCUGGUCUUCAUGUACGUCCAGUGUAAAGUCUACAUCCAGCUGUGGCGGAGGCUGAAGGCCUACAACCGGGUGAUCUACGUACAGAACCGCCCUGAGACGUGUAAAAAGCAGGCGUUAGAGAAACCUCCCCUAAUGGAGCCCAGUGUAGAACACAAGGAGGCUCUGGCUCCGACCCAGUCAGACACAAACUCCUCACAGUACACAGAAACAGAGGACUACUGCAUGGACGUUCUCCAUGUCUGAGCAACACACACACUUACACACACAUCAUGUCUAACCAACGUAUAUACACACAGACACACACAUACGAGAGGAGAGAGUGAAACACACAAACAAUACUGUUAAACCGGGGUUCUACUCAGUGCUGUUAGUGGACCCCCCCUGACCACGCGGCCCCCUCAGUCUGACACAGGACAAGAGUAUGGUGAAGUAUGGACCAACAUACCCUGAGACAGCCCCCGCCCACACACCUCUCCCAGGACUGAACCCAUCUACACACACAGCUUGGACAUUUGGCUCCUUGGACGUUAUUGGAAUGAAACAAUGUGUUCCCAACCGGAAAAUCUGGGUGUUUUUCAUUUUAUUUACAUUCUUAUAAAAGAACUGAAAAUGUUUCCUGUAAUGGGAGCGUUUAUUUUUAGGCUUUGGGGUUGUUCUGAGAAGAGUUUUACUCUGGUUCCUUGAACGUUUUCCGGGAGGGAUUGGGCAGGCUGGAACACACAACACACACAUCAUCUGGGGAAACAGGACAAAGACAGAUGAACUCGCUUGGUUCCAGAUGUAACAGUGUUUUUGUUGCGUUUUUUUGUUUGUUGCUUUGUUUGUUUGUUAGCUGGUUUGUUUGGUUAACUUGUUUUACUUCCUGUGAGUUGUGGGCUAAGUCAUCAUGCAACAGUGUGAAGCGCCGUCGGAUCUUUGGAACGUUCUAGAACAUUCUGGAGCAUUGAAUAUUCCAACUACUGCCACUAUACUGCUGUCGUCUUCUCACCCACAUCUUUUGGAUCUGUUCUGGUUUGGAGCGGUUGGUUUAAACCGAAUCUGACUGGAUUGGACCGGAUCUGACCAUGCAUUGAAGCACUUUUUAGUUUCCACCAACACCCUUCUUGACCCUCUUUAAUAUGAAACUUUUAUAUGGUAUAACCCAGCAAACAGGGGAUGUCCUAAGGACAAUAAGUGACAUUCCCAUUAAGACCUUUUUAAGUUUUGGUGAAAACAUUAGGAAUAUAAAAACAUGAUGUUAACAUCUGGAUCAUAAGGGGACAUCUGUAACGUCCCUGUUUGAUUGCUGUCUUAUAUAACAAAGGACAUCCAGUAGGGAAGAUUCAAAACAGAUUCCCAUUUGUCUUGAUAACGGGGGGACAGAAUCUCCCCCGGAUCAUCAAAUGACAUCCUGAUGACUUUAGGCAACCAUUUUAUGACAUUGCUGGGGACUGAAGUUUGUUUGCCAGGACCUGUGAAAUUAUAGAAACAAACAGGAAUAUUUGUCUCUUGUUUCACAUUUCUGUUCCACACACACAAAUGCCCUCUUUAGAUUACAAGAAAAGGACUAGAAAAAGGCAAUGAAUGAUGAUUGGGCAGUGGAAUUCUGACAAAAUUAUAAUUCCACUUCAUAACAACAAUAACGCAAACAGCAAUGCAUUUGGCCUGCUGCUUACUCAAGCCCUGUGGUUUUUUAUAUUGUAUUUGGUUUGGGUUGAUACAACAUUGAUACAAAAUAAAAUAAAAUACAAUGUUGAGAUACCCACUGGAUCCAACCGUCCAAUUCACAUUGCCUUGUUAAAUCAUAGGAAUUCUCUGAAGGCUCUGAGAAGAAUGUUUAAAAAAAAAAAACAUUUUCUACCAACCAUUCAGUCACAGGAAAUUGCUAGAUAAUCUCCCAUGUCAGUCAGCAUCAUGAGUUGGCCUUUGCAAAAUAAACCAAUCGGUCGUGUUUUUUCUAUUGUGCGAAUGAUACAGUACUUAUGGUAUUCCAUGUGCAGUUUUUAAUAAUAAUAAUAGUAAUAAUCUGCUGUUAUUUCUGUUUGUGUAGUCAUGGGGUCUCUGAUGCCUUUGGGAAGCUGCAGCCUGCUAUAUUUAGACUGAUCCUGUUCUCCCCAGGCAAUGUACAGUGGGCCUAUUGACUUCUCUGAUCGCACCGAUAAUAACGCAGAUGGGAUUAUUAAAAUCCUCAUUUACAAAAGAUUACACUCAUGUGAGCCCAGGCUGUUUUUCCCCUUACAAUAAUGUGGAAGUGUGGGGGAGACAUACAGGGGUUGGGAA